UUCGGGCUACACCAAUAAAAUCACAGAGUUCCUCAGCGUCGGUUUAACAGGGAAGAAGGAAACCGUUUUAAGAUAUGUCACUGUAGCUUGAAUAAUUAACAUCUCUACGGUCAUACCGACGAGUCUGUUUACUCCUCUAGGAUUUCAAUCCUGCUGCUUUUGUUCUGUUUUGUACAGAGCACUUACUACAAAAUGAGCGGUCUUCCUCUCUCCCGCUCGGAAGUGUUUGGUCAGCUGAGGAGAGAACUGCACGAUGAUGUGGAGUUUCAUCAGUCUGACGUGCACAUCUUCAUCAUCAUGGGUGCUUCGGGGGAUCUGGCCAAAAAGAAAAUUUACCCAACAUUAUGGUGGUUGUUUAGAGAUGGUUUGCUCCCUGAACAGACCUAUUUUGUUGGCUUUGCCCGUUCUGACCUGACCGUGGACUCCAUUCGUGCAGCCUGUAUGCCCUACAUGAAGGCUGUUGACUCCGAGGCUGAACGGCUCUCUGCGUUCUUCAGCCGGAACUCGUACAUCAGCGGUAAAUAUGUGGAUGGAUCUUCUUUUGCCAACCUGCACACACACCUGCUGUCCAUACCGGGAGGAGCCGAAGCUAACCGCCUCUUCUACCUGGCCUUGCCGCCCAACGUCUACCAUGAUGUCACAGAGAACAUCAGACAUCAUUGCAUGAGCACCAAGGGCUGGAACAGGAUAAUCGUGGAGAAGCCAUUUGGCCGUGACCUGCAGAGCUCAGAGGAGUUAUCCAAACAUCUUUUCACUCUUUUCACAGAGGAUCAGAUUUACCGUAUAGAUCACUACCUAGGCAAAGAGAUGGUCCAGAACCUUAUGGUUCUCCGGUUUGGAAACCGUUUGUUUGGUCCCAUUUGGAACCGCGACAGUGUGGCCUGCGUGGUUCUGACCUUCAAAGAGCCGUUUGGAACCCAGGGUCGCGGAGGAUAUUUUGAUGAUUUUGGAAUUAUACGUGAUGUGAUGCAGAACCACCUGCUGCAGAUGCUCUCUCUGGUUGCCAUGGAGAAGCCGGCCUCCACAAGCUCUGAUGAUGUGCGGGAUGAGAAGGUGAAAGUCCUGAAGUGCAUCGAGCCAGUUUCUCUGUCAGAUGUGGUGUUGGGUCAGUACGUUGGAGAUCCUGAAGGAGAGGGAGAUGCUAAACUGGGUUAUUUAGAUGACCCGACUGUUCCUAAAGGCUCCACCCAGGCCACGUUUGCCACUGCGGUGCUUUAUGUGAAGAAUGAACGGUGGGAUGGUGUUCCCUUCAUCCUCCGCUGUGGGAAGGCUCUUAAUGAGAGAAAGGCUGAGGUGCGGUUGCAGUUCGCAGAUGUUCCUGGAGACAUUUUUACCGGACAGUGCAGGAGGAAUGAGCUGGUGGUACGCGUGCAGCCCAACGAGGCCAUAUACGCCAAGAUGAUGAGCAAAAAACCUGGAGUUUAUUUCAGCCCUGAAGAGACCGAGCUGGACCUGACCUACCACAGCAGAUACAAGGACGUUAAGCUGCCUGAUGCUUACGAGCGCCUAAUUUUGGAUGUGUUCUGUGGAAGUCAGAUGCAUUUUGUACGGAGCGAUGAGUUGAGGGAAGCAUGGAGAAUCUUCACUCCACUUCUUCAUCAGAUAGAGAAGGAGAAGACGCCACCUAUCCCAUAUAAAUAUGGAAGCCGUGGUCCUCCGGAGGCAGAUGAGCUGGUGCAGAAGGUGGGCUUCCGCUACGAGGGAACAUACAAAUGGGUGAACCCACAUAAACUGUGAAAGAAGAGGAAACCAAAAUGAAAAAGAAAAACUGGUUGAGUGCCUCAAGGAGAAAUAAAAAGGCACUUUAAAAUAAAUGUAAAGAUGUGCACUGAAUUUAAAAUGGGCCAGGGAAGUUUAGGAAAUACUGGUUAAUCAUUACUAGUUAAACAUCAGCUUUUAUAUAACUGGUGUAUCAUAACCAACUUAUGAUAUCAUUCCACAUAGUAUAUGCCUCUUGUUUCUGUGUAUAUUUCAUUAGAAUGAACAACAGUUACAAUUUUUGGUUGAGCAACAUUCUUAUUUUGAUGUCGUUUUUAAUACUGCAGUCUCAUUCCUUCGGUUUACAUCUUUAUUCUUUAAAAAAAAUAAUUAUGUCCUGUAUUCAACUUUCCACUAGCAAGUCUUAAUUUCUGCUCUUUGUGAUUUUUUUUGCAUUUUAAAGUGUUAAGAGGUGUGGUUAGAUGGGUUGUUCAUGCAACCUUUCUACUGACUGCAAGUUUGUAAUAAAUAUAUAUCAUUACCACACACCACCAAUAUCAUUUUCAACAUGCAGUAUGUUGGGUGAUGAAGUGUUUUAUCCAUGAAAUCUUACCAUGUCUUAACAUGAGCGUUAUGUUUAGUCUUAUGUGAUCUGAUGUUAUAGAUCACAUGUGAAUCACAUACAUGUGAAUGAGCUUUGAUCUCUUAAUAUUAUUCAUGCCCUACUAAGACAUUAGUUCUUUCUGCACUGUGUCUGGUUUCAACUUUAGUUAGACAUUGCAUUUUUUUUUUGGAUACGUGUGUAUAGAGGCUGAGUUUCUGAAAGCCCUGAAGGAAGCCCAAGACAUUAUCAGCAGAUUUUUAGUAUAACUGCUUAUUUGUAUGCUUGAACAUCUAUGAGCUAUGUAACUUUGCUAAACAAAGUUACGCCCAGUGUUUUCUAUUUUAUUGUAAUUUCACAAUAAAACGGCUGUGAUGCCUCCA